AUGCACUCCACAAUAUUCGAGAUAAAGGAACACACCCUCGAAUGUCAACACAUUCGAGAAUAUCCUCGUGCCACCGCAAACACUCAAGAAGAUGUAUUGCAUCUAGCAAUUAAACAAUACAUCCCUAAAGAUAAUCCUCAUCCAGAACCAGGAGAUGUGACUAUCAUUGGUGCUCACGCAAAUGGAUACCCAAAGGAAGGCGCUAGUAGUGUCCUGAAUGAGCAAUUGUUGGGAAACGAUCCAUGCUGGAUAGACCACGCUCGAGAUCUCCUCCACAUGGUCAAUACCUACCGUGCUGAGAUGCCCCUUCCCAUAAUUGGAAUUGGUCACUCUUUCGGCGCCAACAUGCUCACCAACCUCUCCCUCAUGCACCCACGCCUCUUAACCACCCUCGUAUUGCUCGACCCCGUAAUCCACCAAUAUGCUUCCAGUCCAGCCGGUAAUCCUGAACCCACCCAGCUAUCCACCUUUCGUCGAGAUCUCUGGCCCUCCCGCGACGCGGCUGAAUCGUCCUUCAGAAAAUCAAAAGCAUACGCUAAAUGGGAUCCUCGUGUUCUAGAUCGCUGGUGUCAAUAUGCCAUUCGCGAAACCCCCACUGCUAUUUAUCCCGAUGAACCAGCAGGAAGUACAACACUAACUACCACCAAGCACCAAGAAUGUUUUUCUUUCAUUCGCCCAAGUUGGGAAGCCUUUUCUUCAGAUGGUAAAACUAUUAUCCGUCCAGAUCUCAUCCCAGAUUUACAUGAGAAAAGUCCACUCCAAUUCCCUUUCUACCGUCCAGAACCAAUCAACACUCUCGUUCGGCUACCACAGCUUCGCCCUCCUGUGCUCUAUAUUUACGGUGCCAUUAGCGCCGUUUGUGAUCCUCCUUCCCGUGUUGAAAAACUCGCUUUAACAGGUACCGAACACGGAGGUAGCGGAGGUGCCAAAGAAGGAAAGGUCAAAGAAGUCGUGUUAGAGGGAGUAGGCCACUUAGUGGCACAAGAGGCAACAGAGCAAUGUGCAGAUGCUUUAGCUCCAUGGGUAGGACAAGAAUUGAAGAGGUGGUGGAAAGAACAAGAGGAAUAUUUGGAGUGGACUAAAAAGAGUUUGAUUGAGAAACAAACCCUUUCCGAAGAGUGGAAGAAGAGAAUUGGAGGACCACCAAAGAGGGCUGGGAAAAGUGGAGAGGGAAGUAAAUUAGGGGUACAGAGUGGAAGUAUUUAA